UGUACAUAAUGAGUAAUGAUGAUAAUUAUUUCAGCACAUUUCUUAGUUGUUGGGGAACCUGUUUACAAAGGACCUGAGAAAGUAGUUUAUUUCCAAGGAAAGGCCCUUGAUGAAGAAUUACAGAGAGAUAGAAACUGCAUUUGGCUCAUUACAUUUUUCACGGCCUGGAGCCCCAGUUGUUCAAGACUAGCUCCAAUUUUCUCAAAGCUUUCAGCUGAGUACACUUUGGACAAUUUGAAGUUCGGCAAAGUUGAUGUAGGAAGAUAUCCAGAAGCAGCAAAACAUUAUCACAUCAAUGACACUGCAUUUUCUGUGCAGUUACCAACUAUUUCAGUUUUUAAAGAAGGGAAAGAAGUAGAAAGGCGGCCUUGUCUGGAUUCUAAGCAGAAAUUCCAAAAAUUUUAUUUCACUGAGGAUAACAUCAAAGCAGCAUUUGACCUGAAUAACUUAUACAUGGAGCGCAAGAAGGUUCUGGAAGCAAAACGGGGUAAAAAAGAAGAACAUAAGAAAUCAGAUUAAGAGUUUAUGCAGUAAUGCAUACUUGUAUUAAGUUGCUGAGAGAUAAUGGUGUAAGUAUGGCAUGGGUUUUAUAGGUAUUUGUCGAAAUAAUUUUCCAUGUACCAAAUCAAAAAUUUUUUAAUAGAUCUGUAUAUUAUUAAAUAUCAUUUAUUUCAUACUCAGUAACAGUCUCCAAACAGCAUAUGUUUCAUCUAUACAAUUUGUUUUCACUUUUCAAUAAUUUAGGUUUUACAUAAUUUUUGACUAGUAUUGUAGAAUAGUAGUACUGUACUGUAGUUAUAUUAGAUUCAGAAUCUUACUACUGUGGUAUUACUUAGUCACAAAUGGAGUAAACAAAACUCCAAUAUGAAAAGCCAUUAGUCAGUUCUGUGUAGGUGUAGAAUUUUUUAUAACUGCUACUUGUAUUAGUACUAUUUGUGUUUAUAAUAUAACUUCCAGGAUGUCAUAUCUUUUGUAUAUCAUUUACUUUUGUGUGUUGAAGCCAUUAUUUCUUAAAUGUACUUUCUGGUGCUGUUGAAGCAAUUAUAGUUAUUGUAAAAUAAUGUAAAUAAAAUGAUAGAGGCAGGUACUGUAACUGAUGAGCUGAUUAUUCAGUUCAACUGUGGUGUAUUUUUUUUAUGUGAAAAGUAAUUAUCGAACAAUGUUUUGCCCUUUGUAUUUUACGGGUAAAUUGACCACAUCAAUCAGUGGCAUUUUGAUAGUUCAUUUACAUUGAGCAUUUGCUUUUGGUUUUUGAAAUUUACAUGGAAGUGUAUUAGUUUUUAUUAGAUAUUUAUUGUACAUGUUGAUAAUGGAUGCAUUGUUUUUAUUAGAUAUUUCUUGUACAUGUUGAUAAUGAAUGCAUUAUCAUCUUUAUUUCAGUAAGAUUCAAAGUGUUCAUAGAAUUGUUUACAAUAAUAUUUUAAGUUAAUAAAAUAUUUUAAGUCAGCAACAUGCUUA